AUGCAAAGCCAUAGCAAAAUUUCUGGCACCUCUGCCUCCACCACAACAACUCGUGCUGUUUGUGGGCUUCGAGGUUGGGCAGAUCUCCCUGAAGGCCUGCUCCAGUCUAUUGUUGCUCUGUUGGGUUCCUUUCUCGACCUCCUUGCAUUCGCCGGCACUUGUCGUUCUUGGCGUGCUGCCUUCUCCUCAUACCCUUCCAAAUCCACAUUCUGUUCCUUGCUCCCGCCUCUCCUCAUCCGACCCAAUAUCCAUGUGUCAGCUCCUCAUCUCCCUUCCAAAGGUGAUGAUGGUCGCAAGCUACGCACAUGCCAGGUCAUUGAUCUGGCCAACCCAAACACCCCCCUUCGCAGCCAGAUUCCUCAAGAGACAUUUCAGAAGCUGUGCUUUGCAGGCUCUUCCUAUGGUCAGCUGAUUUGUGGCAGCGGCAGAAAUUGUCUUGUUGUCAAUGUGUUCACUGGCGCCGAAGUCUCACCACCGCAGCUCCCAUUAAGCGAGGACGCUUAUUUCAACUCUGGCAUGCUGACAGCUCCCAUUGCGUCACCAGAUUCACACCUCCUUGUUAGCGUACAAUCCGACCAGGACUACACUCAACGCUCCCUGCUCGAUUGGCCGGUUGGAAGUCAUUCCUGGUCGGAACUACAGCUCAAUGAUUCCCGGAUCGAGCAGAUUGUGGAGUUCAAUGGCCAGUUCAUCGCAAUGGACGAAGUCUGCAGGCUCUACAGUCUGUCCUUGGCCCCCCAGCUUGACCUGCAGGAGAUUACAACCGUGUGGUGGGAUGACAUGGAUGAAUGCCCAUUUCUAAGGCCAUGGCUGGUGGUAUGUGGUGACAUGCUUCUGAUUGUUGGUUACCACUUCCACUACAUCAGCCUCUUGUCUGGAGCACUUGCCAGCUACAAAGCCUACCACCUAGACAUGUCAACUGAACCUGCAACUUGGGUGGAGGCAGCGAAACUGGAGAAUCACGCGCUCUUUACUGGUGGCGAUGUGAGGAGCCCGGCAUUUUCUAGCACAAGCCCUGGACGAUGGAGCGGUAGGACCAACUGCUUGUACUAUGCCCAUGACACUCAACCUUGGAGCUUGCAUGGGCUGGGCAAUGAUGCAGAUGCCGUGUGGGCUGAUUCCACUGACCCUGACCUUGUGUUCAAGAGGACCUGGUACAGACAGCUGCAGCCGUUCUGGGUGUACCCCAGCAUGCUCUACUCAGAUGGCCAGUGAUUGAUAUGCUCUACUGAAAUUUCACCUUCAAUUUCUUCAGAAAUAGACUUUUUGCUUUCGCAUAGAUGAUGUCCUUAAGGUAGUUAGCACCUUGAAGCUGAAACAAGUUAUUCAGCGUUUGCAGGCUUGUUGUCAGUUUCACCGUGAUUUAGUAGCUGUA